AUGAAUCUUGCCGAUUCCGAUUUGGCUAAUUGGAUGCAGAAACUGCCAGAUGAACUUUCUCUGGCCAAAAUAGCGCUUCCAGGUACCCAUAAUAGUGCAGCUUGCUAUCUCACACUUCCUUCGGUACAAUGUCAGGGCUCAUCAAUCAGUGACCAGCUUCUUCAUGGCGUUCGAUUUUUGGACAUUCGAGUGGCAGCCCCGUUUUUCACAGGUUGCGGAGCAGCCUUUGGGUCAGGACCCGACGACUUGCAAGUGAUCCAUGGGAACUUUCCUGUGAAGCUACCAUUCCCUGCCAAACUGCAAGAUACUCUUGUUGAUGUAUACUCAUUUUUGCAAGAACACCCCAGUGAGACGGUUUUUGUUUCGAUUAAAGCCGAGGGUCCUUUCGGUUUUGACAAAGAUGAUUUCGCCAAUAUCAUCUGGGAAAGGUAUAUUAAUCCGAGCCACUCGAGGUGGUUUCUCAGUGAUCAAAUCCCAAAGGCAGGCGAUGUCAGAGGCAAAGCAGUUCUUUUCCGACGAUUCGGCGUUCCCGAUGAUAAUCGUAAAGGACAGUUUGGUAUAGAAGCAGCCUGGUGGAAAUAUAAUACUACCGAAGAUAAUCAAGGUGAUUUGGCUGUGCAAGAUUGGUGUGAAGUCAUGGCUCCUGAAGAUAUUGCAAAGAAGAGGGACUAUAUUAGUCAACAUCUCAAUCGUGCCAAAGAUUAUAAUUCCACAGAUACCAGCGAACCUAAAUUGUUUUUAAACUACUGCUCAGGGUCGAAUUUCUGGAACCCUCAGUGCUGGCCACAGAGAGUGUCCACAGCAAUCUCAACCUCUGACUUUCAUAACGAUCUCGGAGCUGGCUGUGGAAUAGUUAUUAUAGACUAUGCAGAAUCCAAUGAUUGGGCGACCGUUCGUAAAUUAGUCGAGUCUAAUAUCAGAACAUAA